UCUAUUUUUUUUCUCUAAUCCCUUGUUCAGCCCUCGAAGUGCGGAGCAGAUGGAAAUAGUGUUGAUGAAAGAAAGAGAGAGAUAGAGAGUCAGGAGAAACCAUGCAGUAUCUGAGGAAGCCUAGUGAGCGUAGUGACCAAGCCUGACGACCUGAUCACCCCAGACAACCAGGAAACAGCAGUCUGGUCAAGACCCGGACAUACACACCUCCAACAGGAGAAAGAGAAAUAAACAGAGAGAGAGAGAGAGAGAGAGAGAGCAAGACAGAGAUAGAGAGCGCGAAAGAGAGAGAGAGGAGAACGCCAGAUGUGUGAGAGAGAGCAGAGAGAAGGAGAUGCUCAGAGAGAGCGGACAGUGACCAGAAAGGAGACCAGAGGAAGAAAGAGAAACGAAAGAGACCACUGAGAGAGUGCCUGAGGUAGUGCUGAAAUCUGGAUUGUCUGUAAAGGGGUGUUUGACUUUUCGUUCUGUGGCUCUGAGAGACAACGGGAGCUCUGAGAAACAGUUUGGGGGAGUUUUGUGUUUCACUCUGCCAACAGUAUUGCCUGUGUGUGGAAACACUGUGUUACGAGACUGCUUCAGGUGUUCUGAAGAGGACAAAAUAGUAGCCAAAGAAAAGGAGGACAGGAAGAGGACAGAUAAAUAAAAAGGAAAGAAAGCUAUACAUUUACAAAGAAAGAACAAGAAGGAACCAGAGAGUAAGCGAGAGAAAAACAAAGCUAGAGACAGACAAUAACAGAUAGACAAAAAGACAGGAUGGCAAACUCAGGAUUCCAGUUACUGGGUUACUUCCUGGCAUUGGGUGGUUGGAUAGGCAUCAUCUCCACCACGGCUCUGCCCCAGUGGAAGCAGUCUUCGUACGCGGGCGACGCCAUCAUCACGGCCGUGGGGCUCUAUGAGGGCCUGUGGAUGAGCUGUGCCUCCCAGAGUACAGGACAGGUGCAGUGCAAGGUGUUUGACUCCAUGCUGUCACUGGACGUUCACAUCCAGACGUGUCGUGCUCUUAUGGUGGUGUCUGUGCUGCUGGGCUUCAUAGGAAUGAUAGUGAGUGUGGUGGGGAUGAAGUGCACUAAGGUGGGCGACAAUAACCCCGCCUCCAAGGGGCUCAUCGCUGUGUCUGGAGGAGCCCUCUUUCUACUCGCAGGUCUGUGUACGCUGGUGUCCGUGUCCUGGUACGCCACUCAGGUGUCCUAUCAUUUCUUCAACCCAAACACGCCGGUCAAUGCCAGGUAUGAGUUUGGGUCAGCCCUGUUCGUGGGAUGGGCGGCGGCCAGCUUGACGGUUUUGGGUGGAUCCUUCCUGUGCUGCUCCUGCUCCAAUGAGGAGAGGCGAGGGCAGCAGUACUACCGCCAAUCACAACCAUCCACAGCCAGGGAGGCAGAGUUGUUGAGUGAGACUAGUUUCCCUGACUGAUCAACACCUGCCUGUCCCCCAGGACUGUCCGAGUUCCACUCACUGUCUCCCCUUUCCCUGUUCCUUCCUAGAUUCAAAAUUUGGACCUUUGUCUCUACGCUAUAGUAUUUGUCGCUCCCCCUCCCUCCCUCACUCCCUCCCCUCCAACCCCAUACCCCCUUCCUAAAUGUCUGCUCCUUAUCAGUGUCUGAUAUUAAGGGUCGACACAAUGUCCGCCUCCCCUUUAAGAGAUUGCUUCUUCCCUUCUCCCACUCCCUGAGCCUGUUUGUAAAUAUAGACUCUUAAAGGAGAAGUGUGGUUUUACGACUAGAGGGGCGGUAUUUCACUGUAUUUCAACCUGUGAACCCUUUGCUAGAAAGUCCAUGAUGUCCUUUUAUCUUUUAUUGACUGAACUUUAACUGUAUACGUGAGACUUGUCGUGUCAUUAUGUUAUGUUGAUUUCUGCUUCACUAAUAUCCUGUGAUUUCUGGGUUGGUAGAAAUGUGCAUUUUGGUUUUGUUCUCUGAGUAUAGAAAUGUACAUUUACUGAAACAUGUUUUUUCUUUUAAAUUGCAGACCAAAUGUUAAACAUUCCCCACCAGAGAAAAAGGAGGAAUACUUGUAGUUUGGGUGACUCCUUUGGCCCCACGAUGUGUUAGAUUUUUGGCAAACAGGCAAGACACUGUCUAACACAAACAGACAAGACACUCUCUCAACGAAAAUAGAAGCAGACAAGACACUCUCAACGAAAAUAGAAGCAGACAAGACACUUUCAAUAGAAAACAUAAGCAGACAAGACACUUUCAAUAGAAAAGACACUUUCAAAAAGCAAACAAAAUAAAUCCAGAAUACACUGAAUACAUCUGCAGACCAACCCUAAUGGGUAGCUAGUACUGUAUCAUUCUUAAAGAUGCCCAUGUGUAAAUGUUUAUCAAUGUAUUUUAGAAUCAGUUUUGUACACAAGCAAUAUUAAAUGGUAUUCUGCACAGGUAUUAUUUGUGCUCACACAUGACAAAUAACUGCUAUUUGGAUAAUUGAUAGCCAGUGAACUUGAAUCUGUAAUUAUUUCUGUCUGUAGUCUGUCUUUAGUUUCUGUGAGAGGAAGUCAUUCAUGGUGUGUUUAUAGAACAUAGAAUACAGGGGUGCCCAGAUGUACAGUGAGGGAAAAAAGUAUUUGAUCCCCUGCUGAUUUUGUAUGUUUGCCCACUACAAAGAAAUUAUCAGUCUAUAAUUUUAAUGACAAUUUUAAUCAGUCUAUCAAUUUAAUUUAAACCUUAAUGACUUGGAGAAGAUCUGCAAAGAGGAGUGGGACAAAAUCCCUCCUGAGAUGUGUGCAAACCUGGUGGCCAACUACAAGAAACGUCUGACCUCUGUGAUUGCCAACAAGGGUUUUGCCACCAAGUACUAAGUCAUGUUUUGCAGAGGGGUCAAAUACUUAUUUCCCUCAUUAAAAUGCAAAUCAAUUUAUAACAUUUUUGAUAUGCGUUUUUCAGGAUUUUUUUUGUUAUUCUGUCUCUCACUGUUCAAAUAAAUCUAUCAUUAAAAUUGUAGACUGAUCAUUUCUUUGUCAGUGGGCAAACGUACAAAAUCAGCAAGGGAUCAAAUACUUUUCUCCCUCACUGUAUAUACCACCACCUCCAGCCUUUCUACUACAUACUCUCUACUGCAGUGCCUUAUAACAUGUGUGUUUGUGUGUAUGUUUUUGACUGUUAUACAUGGAUCCCACAGUGUCACAUCCUAUAUGGACAUAUUGUAAAACGUAUCCGUGGACAUGUCUUUUUCUCUUGCAUGAAAUGUACCAUUCAGACAAACUGUUGCAUGUAGUUGUAUCUCUGAACAUGAAUAUGUACUGUACUGUACUGUAGCUAGUAUACCACUUAGAAAACAACAGACAGAGAUUCCUAAAUGUCCCUAACUGAUGAGAGCGAUGGCACGCUUUGUAAAAGUUGUGAGACUGUUUGGAAGAAGUACAUGUACAGUAGCCCAGAUUGAGGAUAUUAUUAUACAUGCAUUCGAUUUAGUUAAGUGCCAAUAUGAUUUAGUGUGGAUGGAAGAUGUGUUUUGUUAUUGACUACGGCAAAUCUUUCUGGACUCCGGGUGCUGAAAGCACUGUCUCCUGUACAUGUACUGUACUUAGUAACGGCCAGUUUGCUGAUUGUAAUCAGGUCAAACGUGUUUUUCUGUUACCUACAUUUAUUUACCAUGCAUUUUCUUCAUCUAAUAUUCACUAUUAUUAUUUGAUGUAUCAUUUCUUUUGAAGUAUACUCAUGUAUGUUUCUUUUAGAAUAAAGUAAGCGCAUAAAAA